AUUGAUAUUACACCGGAAAAUAAAGAUGGCUGCCCCCUUAAAGAUGUUGACAGCUUCAGUUAUUGCCCAAGCAAACCCGAAGUUGACGGGUUCCAUAAUUUUUCUCCAUGGGUCUGGUGAUACUGGUUUUGGUGUACGUGAAUGGGUCAGCGAUAUACUCAACGAUACGUUCGCGUUUUCACAUAUACGUGUUGUAUUUCCAACUGCUCCUCCGAGAGAAUACAGACCAAUGUUAGGUGCCGUGACUACGGUUUGGUUUGACCGCGAGAAAAUAUCGAACACGGUUCCAGACGAUCCUCAGAGUAUCCGGGAAUCAUCCACCUUACUCACACAGCUAAUAGAGUCAGAAGUCAAGACAGGAAUACCUAAACAUCGCAUAAUCUUAGGUGGAUUCUCAAUGGGUGGCAGCAUGGCUAUGCAUUUGGCAUAUGGUAGCCAUCCUGAUGUUGCUGGUGUGUUCGCCCUGUCUAGCUUUCUCAGCAAGGCAUCUGCCGUGUAUGGAUCUGCUGCCCAAAACAAUGUGAAUCCGCCUCUAUUUCAAGCUCAUGGAUUGAGUGAUCCGUUGGUGUUAUUUGACUGGGGAAAGGAGACUAAUGAUCAGAUGCAGAAACUAGGAGUGGAGAACGUAUUGCACACUUUUCCCAGACUUGCCCAUGCUAUGAGUGCGAAAGAAUUAAAGUUGCUUAAGUCAUGGAUACUUUCAAAACUACCAGACGAAUAAUCUCGGAUGAUAAUGAACAAGGAUACCAUCAUGCGUUGCAGCGCAUGUCCCAGCUAGCAUGCUCUGUUAAAUCAAUAACGAGUGCUACGUACACUGGUAGUGGUAUCAAAGAUAUAGAAUAGAAAAAGAUAGCCACCUGCCUAGCCUAUGCUGCCAUGUUUGGAAAGGUUUGAUUCAGGAGUGGCUCGCCGGGAGAUAGAUCUCGAUGCGUGGGAGUAGCGAAGACAGCUGCUAUUGUUUUUUGAUUGAAAAAAUUGAAAUUGUUUUUGUUAUGUGCCAAUGAAAGCAUUAUAUCUACAGCUGUAAUAGGCUAUUUAUGAAAUGUUGACUAUGUCACUGGAAAUUAGAAUUGAUUUAAAAAAAUGUGUCAAGGCAGUUAUUGCCAGAUGUUA